UGUGUGACGCUGGAUCCUGGGGUAAACAUUGUAGCAAUGUUUGUAACUGUGGAGGGGCCAACUGUAACCCCGUCACUGGAGGGUGCCUGUGUCCCCCGGGAAAAAUAGGUCACCACUGUGAACAAGAGUGUGGAGCCUCAUACUUUGGUUUCCAGUGUGCCCAGCAGUGUGGCUGUCAGAAUAACGGUGUGUGUGACAAAGUAACGGGAGAAUGUACGUGUCAGCCGGGCUGGAGUGGAACCUUCUGUGAUCAAAAGUGUCCUGACGGUAUGUACGGAGCUGACUGCAGUAACCAGUGUCCGGACUGUCUUAACGGCGGGUCAUGUGACAGUAUUACAGGACUGUGUCUGUGUGCCGCAGGGUAUAAAGGAAACCUCUGUAACCAAACUUGUGAUCCAGGAACCUGGGGAACAAACUGCCAGAGUUACUGCCCUUCACUUUGUAAGCAAAACUGUGUUCCUACAACAGGAGAAUGUCCCUGUCACCAGGGGGCGUGUCUCAAUGGAGGAAUCUGUAAACAGGGUAAAUGUGUGUGUCAGUAUGGUUUCUUUGGAGAUGACUGUUCACAGUCACUAGGGAGAACUCUGGCUUCACAGAAAUCACUUAGCUCACCUUCUAAUGUGACCUUGACCCCAGGUCAAGUGGUCGGUAUUGUCAUGGGUUUACUGGUCCUCAUUUUGCUGGUAGUCCUGCUGACCAUCUUUAUCAUGAGAAGAAGAUUUCACAAUCAGCAGAACAAUAUCACGUCAAUGAACUUGAACAAUUCUCUCCACGAGGACAGUGACGUACGAGGUUUUACUAACCCUCACUACGACGUACAGCAUUCAGACAACAUGGCCGACACCUCAGGCGGGAAAACAGAAGCCCAAUCAGAAGACAGCGCUACAGCUUAAUAUCACAACAAGGACAGGGAUUGUCUGAUACUAUAUACAUCUUUGAUAUUAUCAUACAACAGCGAUACUUGGGACUUCAAAGAUUGGUGUGGUGAUUUACUAUUGUCUGAAAGUUUGAUACAUGAGAGAGGAUACUGUAUAGGUGGAAAAUAACUCGCGGUGUAAAUAUUCGAUAUAUCGUGUUGAUGAAUCCGUGAAUUCAAGAAACAGAGAAUAAGUUUUCAAUAGUAUAGAUAAGGGAGGGAACUUUUAUUAUAAACCAAUUCCGCAAAUUCAAGAAACCGCGACGAUCUCAGAGAAGAGAAAAACGUGAAAAUUACAACCCGUGAAAUUAAUCCCCUAUACAGUAUUUAAUACAUGAGAGAGGAUAUAAGUCUUUUAUGCAAUAAUUGUUACAAGUAAAUGUUUGCCCUAUUUUUGUUAUAAUUUAUGAAAGAGAAAAACUCUAGACACAUGUGUUUGUUUUUUUAAGCCUUUUAAAUGGUGAAAUGCAACUAUUUGUAUAUUACUGCAUUAUAUGUACUACUUUGUAUACUGCUGUAUUAUUUGUAUUAUUUUGUUAUACCUUGGUAUAUUGUAUAAUAAAGACUCAAAUAAUAGAGGCCGACCUUGAUGUUUGGGAGUUUGCGGAACAAUCUAAAUCAACAAAUGAAUUUAUUCUUUCCAAAAGUGUCUGUUACACAGAAUUAUUUGCACACUGGUCCUUGUGUUAGGAUUAUAACUACUUGAUUUGUCCAGGAAUAAGCAACCUUUGUUGGUUGAGUGACCUAAUGUGGGCCCUCUCCACUGAUCAGACAGACUGAAUUAUGUAAACCAACUUUUAUUCGCAUCAAAAAAUAUUCGAGUUUUGCGACCUACU